AUGUGUGAUACAAAAAGUGGCAGCCCUGAAAAGGAAAUCAAUUUAAAUGAGUUUUUGGAUUUUUUAAAUUUGUCCUGUCAUGUCAAUGACAUGAUUUCUCAGACAACGACACAAAUCGGAAAGGAUAGUAGUAAUCACUUGCAUCAUCAACAUCAUCAUGGCGUUGGAAAAACUCCAAACACAGGUGCAAUUUCAAAAUCCCAUAAUUCCCAGAAGUCCAUAGAUUUUCAACAAUUGGCCAAUAAUCGUUUGGUAAAUGAUUUAUUUGGUUAUCGAAAUAGUCCGAGGCAAACAACAAAUAUCACCGAUGAGGUGACAGACAGUGGUCCCAGUACUGGUAGUAGUGGAGGAAGUGGUGGUGGUGGUUUUACGACUGAGAUAAACCGUUUGCGCAGACAAAAUUCAAUAACAAUGGCCAAGGCAAAAUCAAGCCAUCCCGGCUCUGAUGGAACUUUACAUCCGAAAUUAAAUGAAAAAUUAGAUUUCAUUCUCAAUGAAGGUAUUUUGGAUGCCGUGUUGCCCUUCAUAUGUCCCGUACCAUUGCCGGCUAAUUACAAUAACCGCUUAAAGCCCAAAGGUAAAGAAACGAACGGCAAAGCUUCAUCCACAACUAUAACUGAAGCAAAAAAUACCACAGAAGGCGAAACUGAAGCAUCAACAUCAACAACAGGCAAGGAGUCGAAUACCAAUACUACAAAAUCAUCGGUCAAAGCUCCGACAACAUUAAGUGUGGCAAAAACCAUGACAACUAUCCACACGGGUCCAUCCAACAAAAAGGAACCCGAGGUCAUAAUCCAUGUCUGCGAUGAGGUUAAGAACACCUCCAAAGAUUUCCAGUGUCCUCAGAGUUUGUUAGUCAGCAAGAUGGGCUAUUUUGCCGAUGUUACUGCCGGUCAAAAAUUAGAGGACAUGGACAUAUCCGUACAUUGCGAUAUUCAAAUAUUCGAUUGGCUUAUGAAAUGGGUAAAAUCGGAUUCCGUAUCGAGUGCAGCUGAUCUAUCUGAUGGGCCACCAAAUUUGAAUGUUAAUAAUGUGGUGCCCAUAUUGGUAUCGGCCAGCUUUUUACAGAUGGAACCUUUGCUAUUGGAUUGCCUGAGCUUUUGCCACUCGCGUCUGGGAGAAGUCGUUAAGGCCUCUACAAAUCUGUCGUGCCUCAACGAUUCGAUUAUCACUCGCCUGGCGGAUAUGUUUACAAAUGUCGAAUUGGAAAUGGUGCGUGACAAAAAGGAUCGUUUAUUACCAAGGCUGUGGACGAAACUAAUACAGAGUUUAUGUGAACCAGAACCAGAGGCAUUAAGGGGUCACUAUUAUAGUUUGGCUGGAUUAUUUCGUUGUUCCAAAUGCAAUCGCUGCCUGACCAACACCAUGAAAACCUAUGUCCCUUGUAUACAGGGUAAUGUGCGGCUGAAUCGUUGGGGUCAGCUGAUAAGUCAUCAUGUUCGUGAUACCAUGUGGGAUUUGAAUUUAUACAUUGCCCAGUUAUUUAAAGAGUUGAAAUCAUGGCGUCGUGUCUAUUGGAAAUUAUGGGGCCAUGCCCACUACCUGUACUGUUGUUUGUGCGAAAUGUAUUUUCCUGUUUAUCAGAUGUCUUGCUGUCGUUAUCAUCCUGAGGCGCCAACAUUUCUGGGACCGGUGACUGAUGGCCGUACAACUGGUCCCGCUGGCCGUUAUCCUUGCUGUGGUCAACAGGCAUUUCGUUUUGAAACUUUACCGGGACCAAAUGGAUGUCAAUUUCGUGAACAUAGCGUUCUUGUGGAAACUGAUCGUGAACGCUCCAUUUUAUCAAUUGUUCAAUUGGCCACUGAGGGACAUGCUCUAGGUGAUUGUCCUCCCCCGAAAAUGUUGGAAACUAUGGCGAGUGGAGAAACGGAAUCCCGCUGGAUGCUUUUAUCGCUAAUGCCGCAACGUUGCCGUCAAGGGCUAUUGCCAGUCAUAAAUCCGGAUGUUGUGGCAGCGAGCAAAAAUAGUACGACCGGCAAAGUGAAACAGGAGAUCCUUAAGAAGGAGUUCGAUGCAAUCAAAGAUAAAAUAUUGGAUCACCAGCUGCAAGGAGGCACCCUUUCGAUUUGUCCAGCUGCAAUUCAAGGUGUAUUAUCUAAUUCGACAAACGUAACAAUCAAACUCAAGCUGGAGAGGAAAUUUGACAUUCCUCCAUUACAAAAGGCAACUGUCUUCGACAGAGGUUGUGGCAGCGAGUUCACAACCGAACGCAUGCUCGAAGUCGUUGAAUCCCACAGCCGCAUUGCCAGACGUGUACGACCGGCAUCAUCGAAAUUUUUCGCUGACUCUAGCACCGAAACCGAAAGUACCGACAACACUUUGGAAAAUCUACGAGCCAAUUCACGUAAAUUUGGAUUAGGUGAUUAUGGCAGCAGUUUUUCGACGAGUAGCAGUGAUGGUUGUGAAUCAUCCGAUAGUAAAAUUACCGCACCGAAAAAGCAUUACAACAAGAAGAAUAAUCGAAAGAGCAAACAACCUUUAAAUCCUGGUCGCUAUUGGUCUGGCGAAUUGUCGGCACGCAGCAAUCAAGAUAAUCAACGCGAGUUUGAAGAGAAGGUAAUGAAACAGGUUAUUGCGCUUGUGCGAAAAAAGAAUGGCACCGAUGUCAAUGUCAACAAACCGAACCGGCCAUUGGGUGGCAUCUAUGUUAAAUUGGAACAGGAAUGGAAGGACCAGUUGAAACAACGUUUCUACAACAACAACAACAACUCGACGGGGAAUACGGCCAACAACGCUCAGGGGAAUGGUAAUAACUGCGGUGGCAGUAUGACAUCAUUGUCGGUAAAGGCUUCACGUAAAAAGACAGACAAUGCCAAUGGUGGUGGUGGUGGCGGUGGUCAGUAG